CUCGAACACGGUAGCCGGCCAGGCACAGAAACGCCUAGUCAUAAGCAUGGGAAUAGCUCAGGCUUCCAGAUGGGUCCUUGGAAGCAAGAUUCGGAAGACUCUCCGAGUCUCACUGGUUUCCAUGGCUUUUCAUCGCAAACACCUCAGUACCUAACCGGAUGGCAACAAUCAAUGGAAAGCGUCCCGUCAAGUGGCGCUAGUUACGUCCGGGUCGAAGAUAAGUGGGACCCAUCACUGCAAUCCCCAUCGCAGACCAUAUUACAUGGGAGUCAAGACAGCGGCGCGCCGCACCACGUCAUGCUUGCGGGACAUGAUGCUCAUCACGCUUCCUUCGACCUUCGCUCCUCCAUGAGGCCCUCUAUACGCCCGGGAAUAUACGCUCCUAUCAUCGUCCCGAGCUCUACGGCCUCGCCCGUUGAAACACACCACACGCAAAUGGGCACAGGACCUGCACCAAGGCACCAAGGCAUGACAGACCCAACAUAUCCCUGGCUAGGGCAACAGCGUUAUUCAUGCGUCAGGACGCCGGCAUCAGAGUAUGGCCAGACAUGGUUCGCCAAUUACAACAAUAAGAACAACACCCCGUACCCCCAACAAGAGGAGGAACUGAUGGAACCUACGUUGCCCCAGAAUCAAUAGAUUAGGAAAAACGGACCACGGGACACUGGAAACAGAGAACAGUUCAUCUCAAUAUUUUUAGACCUGGAUCACUCGAGCAAUUUGCAACCGUGC